AUGAGCAGCGGGUCGAUCUCGUCGGACAUGGAGAUGCUGAUGGAGGACGUCAUCUCCCUGCGGAGAGAGCGGAAAGACCUUAUGGAGUCUCUUACUCCCAAGAUCUCUGGCUGGAUGGAUCGGAUGUCUGGAGAACCAAUGUGGUCCUCCAGUUUCCAGUCCUACUCAGAGCAGCAGCAGCAGCAGCAGGUAUACUUGACAGACGACUUCGAUCUUCUGGAGGACGUCGAGGAUUUGGGCCGGCGGAUGCUAUCUUUGGCACAUUCUGUUUGGACUUCCAAUGCCCCCAUCUCCUUGUACAAGGCGGACGAGCUGGUUAGCACAGCAUCCAAAUUAGAGAGGAUCUCGCUGGAUUUCUACAAUUCUACCAAGGCGGCAAUGGAGGAGGCAGCCGAGGAGGAGAGGAAGACGAAGCAGACUCAGGAGAAGAAGAAUGAUGAGCUGGGCAAGCCUUUUCUGUCCAACGAAUUCGAGGACAUCUCCUACAGUGUCCUGGAUACACCCAGCGUUUUCGACAAUGAGUUGGCGAUGAUGUUUACGGUGGAGGAUGAGGAGGAGUAUGAGAGGGUGAGGGAGGCCGAGAGAGAGAUUGAGAGGCAGAGGUUAAUGAGCAAGAAGCAGAGGAAGCAGAGGGAGAAGAACAAGCAGCAGAUUGUGGUGAAGGAGGAGCGCGUUGCUGAUGAGCAGCAAACAAAAUCUCAAACGGAGCAACUCAAAGAGUGGAUGGAUGAUGAGCUGGAAUUUUUCGCAGGCCACCGUAGCAUCUGGGAACGCUCUAGUGGCAGCAUGUCCGGACGGUGCGGCGGCUUCGAAGAUAAAACGACAUUAAGUCCUCUCCAAUUUACGCACUGCACACCCGGUAUCCUUCUGCCCCGUGCCGCUGUCACUGAAAGAACGUUGCAAAUCUACUCAUUCAAACUUGUUGGACUAACGGAGCAGCUGAAGUGGCCACUCUCUGUUUAUGGCGUGGUUGCUGCCCGAGACACCGUAGACCGCAACCGCAACCUUCUCUUCUCUCGGUCGAGGAUCAGGGGUCAAUUACUCUCUGGACAUGACUCUUAUCUGCGCUUGACUGGCCCGUCUCGAGCAAUUCUGGUUGGGGAUUAUGUUGACUUUGAAGUUGAACUAAAAGUACGUGAUGGAGAUGAUGAGCACAAUGAUACACAGUUGAUGUGUGUUAGCGAGCGGUAUAAAGAAGCAGACGGCGACGGUGAGCAACCUUUACUCUUCGAUAGCCCAUUCUGUACUGCAGAGUUGAGGUUUGAGAGCGUUCCUAUGACUGUCCAGCUCACUGUAUUGUCCGUUCGUGUUGUUGGAGGGGAGUUCCCUUUUAGCUCUGGGGGUCAGGUUGCUUGUAUUGUUUCUGGCCGUGAGAGGGUUGUGCUGUUUGAUUCUACUGAAAAAAUUACUAGAGAAGACCAAGUAGUUUUGGAUGGUUAUGUUCCUUUGUCAAGAAACGCCAUUUCAGUAGAGUUUGAAAAAGGAGUGACUGUUGAGGUAACAGCCUAUGUUGAUUCUGGUUCUAUCUCUGAUCUUGUCCACUUCCCUUCCAAGUGGUGCAACAUUAGUCAGGAUAGCUGUUUCAUCUGUGGUUCUGAGGUGAAGAUUACCGUUGCAUGGUCCCGGGUUGUGAGAGACAAGAUGGAGAUGUUGCUGGAGGGAUAUGCUACCCAGGUGUAG